AUGGCAACACGCAAAAAGUAUCACCGGAUCAGCGUCUCCUCAGGCGAGCAGAGUAUCGAUAGAGCAUUCGAUUUUCUGAUGGAAAUUUUGAAGAGGCCGACACUUGGCCUGUAUGUGCGCCAUGUUGAAUGCCAUGAACCCUUAAGCUGGUAUACGGACUACGAAGAAACAAAGCCCAUGCGGGAUUUGAGCAGCGACGAGAUAACUCUUAUUCGGGGCGCAGUCAGAAAGGCUGGCUUUGUAGGUCUGAAAGAGGAUCGAGUAGUCAAUAUGCUUAUGCAGAGGUUGGAAUCCGAGGUUUUCCACUAUGAGAGAGAUGUUAAUGCUACAUUUGUUACGCAAGCAUUGACAGCCAUGAUUAUUGUGGCAUCGCCAAACAUUGUGUCAUUGGCCACGACAGACCCUAAUUCUAGAAUGUCAAGCCUUGAGUUUCCGCUUGAAAAGGUUUUCCGCCAGGCCAAUGCAAACCCAGAGAAUACGCUAUAUCUCCGCAACCUCCGCAGUGUUUAUAUGAUUAGCAAGACUAACUCCACCUUCGAGGAUGGACGUUUCUACGUCGGCAUGGACCUCCAUGCCUUCUUGAGAUUUUUCAAUAACCUUCCAUCCAUUGAAUCAAUCAGUACUGAUGCAGUGGAAGAUUAUCCACAAGGAGAAUACGAUCUUGAAAAGGCAUCAUCCAACAUCAGCAGAAUAUUCUUCCAUCACUCAUCACUCGGAUCUCUCCCCCUAGCUGGUUUGAUAUGGUCGUGCAAAGCACUCAAGGAAUUCCAAUAUUCAAUUGGCGGUAGAUCAAGCAAUGAUGGAGGGUACCCUAUUUUCAAUCCCAAAGCAAUUGUCAAAGCCCUAUGUGACCAUAAGGACACCAUAGAGGUCAUUGAUAUUGACACCGAGAGUCGCAUCUACGCGUUCCUUCAACUUGAUGAGGAAGAUAGAGAGCAUGAUUUGAAUCAAUAUGGGAGCCCAUAUGAAGAAGGAAUCGGAGAAGACUCGCGUCAAUUUCUCGCAUUGAUUUGGAAGAACAGUGGAUCUCUGAAGGAGUUUGUGGCUUUGAAACGGUUGAGCUUGGGUGUGAACUUUUUGUUAUACUUUGCUCAAGGUGUCAGUGUAUCAUUUGAUCACCCGAGGGAAGGGCUGAAUGUGGCGACUUGUCUACCAAACAGUCUAGAGUACUUGUGUGUCCGGGGAUACGAGAAGGGCGAGAACAAGGAACACGACGAGCAGAUGAAUGCGCUGAUGGCUUUUUAUAAGUCAGGGCAGUCUCAACUAAAAGAACUCAAGGGGAUUGAGGAGACAAUUCCCAAUGCUGAUCAUGUUGACGACCCAGAUGGAAAUGACCAUCUACUGUGGUCUUUGAAGGAGAGUGGGGAUGAGGAUGAAGAGGAUGAAGAGGACGAAGAGGACGAAGAGGACGAAGAGGAGAGAUAG